GAUGAAGUCAUCUUGGGGGCGGGACUCGCCGGUGGCGUGGGGGCGGAGCCUUGCUUGCGUACGCUGGUCGGAACUCUGCUCCUGCCAGAGCUGGGGGCUUUGCUGCGGCGGCUGCGGUCGCAGCGGCGGUGCGGGCGAGAGAUUGGAGUGAACCGCGUAUCAUUAGCGACAACUCUCCGCCACCAUGGGGGAGCUUUUCCGGAGCGAGGAGAUGACCCUGGCCCAGCUGUUUCUACAGUCAGAGGCUGCUUAUUGUUGCGUCAGUGAAUUAGGGGAACUUGGAAAGGUCCAGUUUCGUGAUCUGAAUCCAGAUGUGAAUGUUUUCCAGAGGAAAUUCGUGAAUGAAGUGAGAAGAUGUGAAGAAAUGGACCGAAAGCUUCGAUUUGUUGAGAAAGAGAUAAGGAAAGCUAACAUCCCAAUUAUGGACACUGGUGAAAACCCAGAGGUGCCCUUCCCCCGGGACAUGAUCGACUUAGAGGCCAAUUUCGAGAAGAUUGAAAAUGAACUGAAGGAAAUCAACACAAACCAGGAAGCCCUGAAGAGAAACUUCCUGGAACUGACUGAAUUAAAAUUUAUACUUCGCAAAACUCAGCAGUUUUUUGAUGAGGCUGAAUUGCAUCAUCAGCAGAUGGCGGAUCCAGACCUGUUGGAAGAGUCCUCGUCCCUCCUGGAGCCUAAUGAGAUGGGAAGAGGCGCGCCUUUACGACUUGGCUUUGUGGCCGGCGUGAUUAACCGGGAGCGGAUCCCUACCUUUGAGCGCAUGCUCUGGCGAGUGUGCAGAGGGAACGUGUUCCUGAGACAGGCUGAAAUUGAGAACCCACUGGAGGACCCUGUGACUGGAGACUACGUGCACAAGUCUGUGUUCAUUAUUUUUUUCCAAGGUGAUCAACUGAAAAACAGGGUCAAGAAAAUCUGUGAAGGGUUCCGAGCCUCCCUCUAUCCCUGUCCGGAGACUCCACAGGAGAGGAAAGAGAUGGCUUCUGGAGUCAAUACCAGGAUCGAUGAUCUGCAAAUGGUUCUGAAUCAAACGGAGGACCACCGCCAGAGGGUUCUGCAGGCAGCUGCUAAGAACAUCCGGGUGUGGUUCAUCAAGGUGCGGAAGAUGAAGGCAAUCUACCAUACCCUGAACCUGUGCAACAUCGACGUCACUCAGAAGUGUCUGAUUGCAGAAGUCUGGUGCCCUGUCACUGACCUGGACUCCAUCCAGUUUGCACUUCGAAGAGGCACGGAACACAGCGGUUCCACUGUCCCCUCCAUUCUGAACAGGAUGCAGACAAACCAGACUCCCCCGACAUAUAACAAAACCAACAAGUUCACACAUGGCUUCCAGAACAUAGUGGAUGCCUAUGGGAUCGGAACCUACCGAGAGAUAAACCCAGCUCCGUACACCAUCAUCACGUUCCCUUUUCUGUUUGCCGUAAUGUUUGGAGAUUUUGGGCACGGCAUUUUGAUGACCCUUUUUGCUGUGUGGAUGGUGUUGAGGGAGAGCCGGAUCCUCUCCCAGAAGAACGAGAAUGAGAUGUUUAGCACUGUGUUCAGUGGGCGAUACAUUAUACUUCUGAUGGGACUGUUCUCCAUCUACACUGGACUCAUCUACAAUGACUGCUUUUCCAAGUCUCUCAAUAUCUUUGGCUCAUCAUGGAGUGUACGGCCGAUGUUCACUAUAGGGAACUGGACGGAGGAGACGCUUCUGGGGAGCUCUGUUCUCCAGCUGAACCCAGCUAUCCCUGGAGUUUUUGGGGGCCCGUACCCAUUUGGCAUUGAUCCGAUUUGGAACAUUGCAACCAACAAGCUGACCUUCCUCAACUCCUUCAAGAUGAAGAUGUCUGUUAUCCUUGGGAUCAUCCACAUGCUGUUUGGAGUCAGCCUGAGCCUUUUCAACCACAUCUAUUUCAAGAAGCCUUUGAACAUUUACUUUGGCUUUAUUCCUGAGAUAAUCUUCCUGUCCUCUUUGUUUGGCUACCUGGUCAUUCUUAUCUUUUACAAGUGGACAGCCUACAACGCCCACUCCUCUAAGGAUGCGCCAAGCCUCCUGAUCCAUUUCAUCAACAUGUUCCUCUUCUCCUACCCAGAGUCUGGUAAUGCAAUGCUGUACUCUGGACAGAAAGGCAUCCAGUGCUUCCUCAUAGUAGUCGCGAUGCUCUGUGUCCCUUGGAUGCUGCUGUUUAAGCCACUGAUCCUCCGCCAUCAGUAUCUGAGGAAGAAGCAUUUGGAAGGGCAACCCGUGGAGGCCCCAGUCAGCCCAACCCCGAGCCAGCAGGGACUAGAGGCAGCGUCGGCUGCAACAGGAACUCUCAACUUUGGUGGGAUCAGGGUGGGCAACGGACCGACAGAGGAGGAUGCUGAGAUUAUUCAGCAUGACCAGCUCUCCACCCAUUCAGAGGACGCAGAAGAGCCUACCGAGGACGAAGUGUUUGACUUUGCCGAUACCAUGGUCCACCAGGCCAUCCACACCAUUGAGUACUGCCUGGGCUGCAUCUCCAACACCGCGUCCUACCUGCGGCUCUGGGCCCUCAGCCUGGCUCAUGCACAGCUCUCAGAAGUCCUUUGGACCAUGGUGAUCCACAUCGGCCUGCACGUCCGGAGUCUGGCCGGAGGGUUUGCGCUGUUUUUCAUCUUCACCGCCUUUGCCACGCUGACUGUGGCCAUCUUGCUGAUCAUGGAGGGCCUCUCAGCCUUCCUCCAUGCCCUGCGGUUACACUGGGUGGAAUUCCAGAAUAAAUUCUACGCCGGGGCCGGUUUCAAGUUCCUCCCCUUCUCCUUCGAGCAUAUUCGAGAGGGGAAGUUUGAGGAGUGAGUCCUCAGCAGGGCGCAUGCCCAGAGCAGCUUCCCUGCUUGCCUCCAUGGUGAUUCCCAGUGCCCCUCCUGCCUGUUGGUUGUGGUCCCUAGAUACCAGGGCGUUUGUGUCACCCCUGCCACCCCUGCUCCAGCUGUGAGUCAUUUAGGUAAUGCUGGCCUUCCCUGGGUCUGUCCACCCCAAGCCUCGUCCACAUACAGACUUCCUAGUUAGAGUUGCAUG